CUGCCGAAUUGCAAUUUUGCUUUCAAUUUGUUAAUGCAGUGAAGAGUGAAUCGAUGCGAAACAAGAAUCUUUAAAUUAUUUAUAAUAUAAAUAUAUGUAUUAUGAAUGAAAUGAUUACAUUCAUGAAUAAGAAUAAUGCUCCAUCGUCUGUUACGUGGUCGCUUGACAUUCAAAGUGUAUUGUCUUCUAGGAUUGAUAGCUAUUAUAGUAUGCGGCUAUUUGAUUCCUCAGUAUAAAAUAUAUCCCAUCGCCCCUGUAACCACUGCUAGUUCAGCUCCGGUUCACUCGACGAGGCAUUUGUCUAAACUAGUGACCGUAGUUUUCCGUCAGUUUGAGGAUUUCGAGAAUGAUAUCGCUGAGAGUGUUCAGUCAUUUGUCUCCGCGUACCCUAAUAUACAGGUUCUGGUGCUAUGCCAACGGCGGCAGUACCCACCGUUCCAGUUUUCGGCUACAAAUGAGACAUUGCGUAAUGUGAAGAUUUUGCCACUGGAAUUCAGACUAGAUAAGUCUCCACGGGACUUAGACCCCUUAUCGUAUAUUUCGACAGAAUAUGUCCUUUUCGUACCUGACUCUACACGGGUUUCCCGCCGCGUGUUUCAACAAAUGGCAGUUGCUUCAACUACAUACCCAAGUCAAGCUAUCACAGUUGGUAUAGGCAAUGCUUUGUUAGCAUGCCAGCAACUAAAAUGGGUUUAUUCUGAAUGGACCCUUAAGUACAGUAAAGACUCAUCAUUGAAACUCUGUGAUGCUGUGCAGGGUCAACAUGCACUGAUGAUCAAAACUUCAAUAUUACAUACACUACCAAAACCUUUUACGUUUCCAUUUCCUGAAUCUUUGUAUUUACAGACUGCCGCAAAAGGUUUAAAGGUGCAGAUUAUGGAGAGUAAGUUUGGAGCUGGCAGAGGUGUACUUAAAACACCAGCCUCUAAACAGAAGGCUACUAAACAAAUAAGAGAUUACCGAGUGACAAUGUAUAAAGAGCUGGGGGUAAAGGCAGUUGUUAAGGAAGACGGAAGAGUCCAGUGGUUCGGUUGUAAGAGAGAAUCUCAGAGAUGUUUUCCACCCGUCCAAAGAACUCCAUCAUAUCUGCUAGCGGGACGUAAUACACCGCCAUGUUGUCGACGCAACAUUCGUCGGACUGCCGCUCACGUGCUAAGAGCCUUGUCGCAAGCCGGUGCAAGAUGUUGGCUGGAAACCACUUCCCUUCUAGGCGCUGUAGCACAUGGCGACCUCCUCCCUUGGGCGGAAUACGCCGAGAUAGGCAUACACGCAGAAGACCUCCCCCGAGUCUCUUGGUUACAAAGGGGGGGCGCAGAUAACGACGGCUUUGUGUGGGAGAGAGCGACCAAAGGGCACUACUACAGAGUUGCGUACUCAGCGACUAAUAGGGUGUAUGUCCUGAUAUUGCCGUUUGCAGCAAGGAAUGGGACGAUGUGGCCCGCUGAUUGGGUGCUGGCUCACCAGAAGGAGUUUUCUGAAAGGCAUUUACAUCCACUUGCUCAGAUUCAGUUUUCUGGACGUCAAGCGCCGGCACCGAAUGACGCUCGCGCUUUCUUAGACCUUAAACUUGGUGCAGGCGCGGUUGAGAGAUCCGAAAAACUAGGAUCCAAACUUCUAUAUCCAUAAGAAUAUAGAUGCAAAGGGGCCGAGGUAUACGACGGGCAUGGUCAUGAGCGUACCUAGGGGGACAGGGCAGACAGACAGACAGAUCAAAAUGAAAAUAAGAAAAAAAUAUAGUUUUGAGUUCAGAAUCGAGGGCCCUCUAAAAAAUUUCCACAAAACAGCCGCGGAGGAUCUGUACCUAAAAAUAUCUUAUUUAUCCCUGGAUCAGAAGCUGGGUACGUCCAUGAGCAUGGUACCUACGGUGAUUGUCCCACACUGCGGAAAUUACAUAGUAGAAUCCAUUUUGAUAAUAACGAUCCAUUACGUUCGCAACUACACUGCUGCUGGGUUCAGUUCAAAAUGAAAGAAGAACAAAAUGAUCUUAGUCAAAAAAUGGAAACUCACUUUAAUCCUAGGCAAAUAAGUUUUCAAGAGCAAAUAAUUUUUUGCCCACUUAUAACUGCAACAGUAUAUGUGUUACCUAUUUAAUAUGUUCGUGGUAUGGGAAUAUCAACGAUGAUAUGGAAAGAUUCAGCCUUGGAAUUUCAACUGUUGUUUUCAGACUACAGUUAGCACAGCAUAGCAGAAUGUACCAUUCAAAGAUUUUUGAAAAAAAAAAGACUUUUCAUUAGCCUUAAAUCGAUAAAAAUUAAGAAUAGUUUUCGCGCAAAUCGAAAUACAUACUAUUACUUGGUUACUAUCAAAAGAUUGAAUGAAAACAUUUGUCUAAAGUUGCUGCAACCUGAUUUAAAUCAUAAUUAUCUAACCAAAUAUGCGAUGAUUGUCUCAAAGACUCACCCUGUUUAUCUAAUAGACUAAAAUUUUCUGGUACAGGUUCAAAGCUCGGCCCUGUACUGGCGUUUCUGCAUAAGUAGGUUAGUUAAGUUAAAAAAUACCAAAUUUAUGAUUAUUUUCUGAAAUAUGUAAUUUUUCAAAUGUUCUAUUAAAUAGGGUUCUUGAAAUAUGCAACUUUUCACUUGUAGUUUUGCAUAGCUGCAGCGUUGCGUUAAUACGCACUUAUUUCCAACCAUAAGGAAGUAUUUCUUUGUUUUCCUUCGAUUUUUCAACUUUGUGAAAUCGUUCAACAGAUUUGCUUGCUAAAUCGGUUAUACACAGAUCUCUCAAUUAAAUUGACAAGUCUUAGAAUCAUCAUAUCUCCAUUGAUGUUGAUUCUCUAUUGGAAAUAGGUCUUUUCUUCACUCCACACAACUUGUGUCUAUUAGCUCCUUGCGACACGCUUGAAUUAGUUUUUCCAUAUAUUAUAGGGUCUAUCAACGCUGAAUUUUCUUCUUUAGGGUUGCUAUUCCAGCACCUUCGGUCAGUAUCGAAUGGUUCCAUAAACUAUGUGUAUUGCACAUUAACUUCAGAACACGUCAUUGAAUAUGUGGCUUUACCACCACCACUAUUGGUAAAGAACCAGAGUUACUAUUGGUAAAGAUACAGGUACAGACAUAGCUUCAAAAGCUUACCAUAUUUUUUUAUACAGAGAAACGGAGUAGUUAUGUGGGAUUUGCACCCACUAAAAACUCUGUGUGUCCCUCGAUAGACCUAUAAGUGAGAGCACGGGAUUCGCUUGUGUAUUCAGCGCACUCUCGCCAAGGUUUGACCCCCCAAUGCAUGGCGGAUCCCAUCGACAAUGACCUGAUCGCUGCCAAAUCCUCCAGAGAGGCGUACACUACACGGCACACCAUCUUGAGUCAUUAGUUAGGUGACAAACUUCCCCUUUAAUUCGCCACCCGUGGGCCUACAACUCACGGAGGCCGGAGGUCAUUGAUUGCCCUCCGGCGCCCGGUUCGUCUCCUGCGAGAGGGGAGUGUUGAUGUCCUUUCUCGCUCCGCCGUUCAAAAGCUUACCAUGUUAUAUUCGUUAACAAUGUCUAGUCCAAAGCCCAGUAGUUAAGGUGUCCCUUUCGGACGGUCUGAAUUCGAUCUUUGGCACGUACCUCUACCGCACAUAACUUUUCAGUUAUGUGCGGUAUCUGCACCAAUCCGCAGUGGGCCAGCGUGUUGGAGUACG